AUGGAGCUUGACGAGGAGGCGAAAGAGGAUUUCGACGAGCAUGGUUUAUGUGGGGAGGAUCUUGACGGUCAGAUCGAAGCUGUGAAUAGCAAUAUUAUUGGCAGUAAGACGGCCACGAUGUACUUGCGUGGCAUGAGCCGCUAUAUAGCGUGGCUGUACACCAAUAAACGCGAUGUCUUGAGUGGAGAGCUGCUAAGUGCACUGCGGGAUGAUGCCCUCGAAGACGAUGGAACAGGCUACUUGUCACUAAAAGUUAACGGAGUACUUCGCUUUAUCCGUGAAAACGCAAAGGUCCCAUUAAUUCAGUUCGAACAACAUCGAGCUACUGAUUUUGAGGGGUUCUUGCUAUCUUUAAAGUGUCGAAAUGGAGGAAAACCUGGUAUAUCGGUGUACAACUCGUUACGAUCAGCACUGUUUCAUUUGUAUCGUGGGUACGGGCGCUCAAUGGAUGUGGACUUUGCAGCAGAUGUGACGUUGUUUUUUAAGGGUUUAAAAAGGGAGACAGCUAAACGGAACCAUGAUUCUGGUGAAAAACUGACUGAAGGAAAAGAUCCUCUACCUUUUUCUAUGCUUCGUUCGUUGAGUGUGUCAAUGAUGGAGGCUGGUAACACAGCAUCCAUUCACGCUGGACAUUUGAGUUGGGAAGGAGAUGCUUUAGCCGUUCGGUUUGGACACAUGAAAAAUGACCAGGAUGGAACACGUCCUCGAGACGCCCGACACGUGUACGUCAAUUCGUUUAAUCCGGAGAUAUGUCCUAUUCUCUCACUAGGUAUUUACGCCGCCGUUUGCGGCUUGGAUGACUCGAAGUUGUUUCCAGGUGGAAACCAGGAUCUGCAACGUAUGUGUCUUCUUGCUCUAACGGCGGUCCAUCCGCCGCAGCAAUAUGCAUUAGAGCAGGGUGGACCUUUCCGGGUGUCCAAGACAUCUACAUUCGCUACGAUUCCACUGGUGAUAUGA